AUGGCAGGGAUUCCAGGGCUUCUUCCUUUCCUCCUCCUCCUCCUGCUCUGUAUGGUUGGGCAAGUGAGUCCCUACAGUGGCUCCUGGAAACCCACUUGGCCUGCUUACCAGCUUCCUGUCAUCUUGCCUCAGACUACCCUCAACUUAGCCAAGCCAGAAUUUGGGGCAGAAGCCAAGUUGGAGGUGUCCUCCUCAUGUGGACCCCAGUGUCACAAGGGAGCUCCAUCACCCACAAAUGAAGAGGUCAAGCAAUACCUGUCUUAUGAAACGCUUUAUGCCAAUGGCAGCCUCACAGAGACCCAGGUAGGCAUUUAUCUUCUCAGCAGUGGCAGAAGUGGGGCUCAACCCCGAGACACAGAGUCUGCGAGAAAGUCUCGGAGGAAGCGGCAGAUUUAUGGCUAUGACAGCAGAUUCAGAUUUUGGAAGGACUUCCUACUCAACUAUCCUUUCUCAACAUCAGUGAAAUUAUCUACAGGCUGCACUGGCACGCUGUGGCAGAGAAAACACGUCCUUACAGCUGCCCACUGCAUACAUGAUGGGAAAACCUAUGUGAAAGGAACACAGAAACUCCGAGUGGGCUUCCUGAAGCCCAGGUAUAAAGAUGGUGGUCGAGGGACCAACAACUCGAGCUCAGCUACACCUGAAAAGAUGAAAUUUCAGUGGAUCCGAGUGAAACGCACCCAUGUGCCCAAGGGAUGGAUCAAAGGCAGUGCCAAUGACAUUGGCAUGGAUUAUGACUAUACUCUCCUAGAACUCAAAAAGCCCCACAAGAGAAAGUUCAUGAAGAUUGGAGUGAGCCCACCUGCUAAACAGCUGCCAGGAGGCAGAAUCCACUUCUCUGGUUAUGACAAUGACCGACCUGGCAAUUUGGUGUACCGCUUCUGUGAUGUCAAAGAUGAGACCUAUGACCUGCUCUACCAACAGUGCGAUGCCCAGCCUGGGGCCAGUGGAUCAGGGGUCUAUGUGAGGAUGUGGAAGAGACAGCAGCAGAAGUGGGAGCGAAAAAUUAUUGGCAUCUUCUCGGGGCACCAGUGGGUGGACAUGAAUGGUUCUCCACAGGAUUUCAAUGUGGCUGUUAGAAUCACUCCUCUCAAAUAUGCCCAGAUUUGUUACUGGAUAAAAGGAAACUAUGUGGAUUGCAGGGAGGGGUGACACGGUGUUUCUUCCUGGCAGCACUUAAUGGCCAUUAUGUACUCAUUGUAGAAGAUGCCAGCCUUAU